AUGGCGAGCGCCGCCGAGCCCCCCGGCCAGGCGGCCGAGUACCUGCAGGAGCUGACCCGGAUCGUCGCGGCGCAGCAGGAGCUGCUGGCGCGCCGGCGGCGGCGCAUCGAGGAGCUGGAGCGCCAAGUGGCGCGGCUGAGCCGCGAGAACGCCGGCCUGCUGGAGCGGCACCGGCGCCACCUGGCCGCGUGCGCCCACCGCCCCGGCCCCGGCCCCGGCCCGCAGCCGCUCGGCGCCGUCCCGGAGCUCGGCGGCCACCGCGACAAGGCUCGGUGUGGAGGGUGCCCGGCCGGGGGGCACCUCGGGGUACCCCCGGCAGGGUCGUGGCCCGCCCUGGGACGCGGUCUCUGCGGGAUUGAGCUCCCCGGGAAACGGGCUCUGGCGCGCUGUCCGGCGCUCCCGCGCGCCCGGCUCUCCGCGGACGGCCGGCUCGGGACUCGGGCUCCAGCGACCCGGGAGCUUGGAUGCGGGAUGGUCUCGCCACAGAGGGCUGUCCGGGCGCAGCCGGGGCUCUGGGUGGCGAGUCCGAAACCCCCGACCCGGAGACCCCAGACCCGGAGCGCGGGGGAGCAGCAGGCGCAGAUCCCGCCCGCCCUCGAACGGGCCUGGGUCCCUCUCAGGUCGCUUCCCUCGGGGAGGGACUGUCUGCUGCCUCCAGCCCGGGACGAGCGGAGCCCUCCUCCCUCGGGACGCCUCCGUCUCUUCCUUCGCGGCUCCGGGUUAAUACCCGCCUGCCUGGCCCUGGGAUUACCCGGGGCUAUUUCGGAGCGAGGAUUAAGCCGGAGUCGGCAUGGGGCACGACUGCCCGGCCGCGCUGGUCCCGGCGUCCCUGCCUCGCGUUUGCCUCCCGCGGGUCCGAAGUCGUGUGCUCGCCCCGCUCCGCCCAAGUCCCUGGGCGAGGCAGGGAGCGCGGGGCUCGGGGUUCCUGCGUUCUUUGCGCCCUAA